GGAAGAGGGACAAGGAUGGCGCAGACAUGGACGUUAAGACAUGUAGACUGGAAAUGGAGUGGGGUGUCCAGUUGAGGAGCCAGUAAGGGAACAGACAGAGAGGGGACAGAGGAAGGAUGGAGGAUGCAGAGGGAACAUCAUCUCCUUUUUAUGGAUGAUGGCGUGGAUGGACUCUGAAGAAGAAACAAGUUGAGUUGAUGGUCCUUUAGGUAUUUAAAGUCACAUGCUGAAGAUAUAAAAAAGCUGUAAAAAAAAAAGAAAUAGAGAAAAAGACGCUGCUGGAGUCACGCUGAUGGAGUGUUUCAUGCAGUGAGACAGCCAUAAAAUACUCCAAAGAUAGGACGCAAAGUCAGACGUCUCACUCUUGCAGCUUUAGCAGACAUGAGACGGUUAUGACUUUGAAGGUGUCCAUCAUGGGACACGUGAAGACUGGAUGUCUGGGGCUUUGCAUAUGUGCAGAUGAGUGAGAUUUGCAUUACAAGAGGAUCCCUAGAAAGCGACUUUCACAUCCUGAUUGAGGAAUGAGGUACCUGGGAGAGUUCGAUGGUUGCAUCAUCACCAAAUGGAGACCUUUUCUUGAAUCUUGUGAGCUCUGAGUCAGGAGAUUUUUCAAGCAACCAGAAAGGACAUUGGUCUGGCAGGACUGCUGUUGAGUUGAGGACCCUGGGGAUAAUAAAUGGAUGGUUCUAUAUUUCGAAUAUGAACUGGAAAAGCUUGCCACGUCUUGGGACUUCUCAACAGGAACUUUCGUAAAGGUCAAUCGACAAAGAAACUCUCCUUAAGGUCUGACUCUAUCAUUCAGGACCUCCUCUCUGGAAAGUUUGUCCACCAACAGGAACCUUUAUGAGGAACUUAUCCUGAUGGAAACUACUCCUGAACGUGCACCCCUGUGAAGACAACAUCGGGGACUGAUGAUAAAACUCUGUAUGGGGGAAAAAUGUCUCUUUGGGACCUGGUAUGCACAUAUCUCAGUGGACCCCCUGCAAAAUCUUAAAAAUCUAAAUUAUUAUCUAGGCUGCGUAUGCAAGUAUACUUAUACCAGGGGAUUUAUGGCCAAAAGGCUCAUUUGGGAUUAGACCGAAGUCUUGUUUAGGGCCUUUUGUUGAUCUUUCUUCCUAAGCCUUGUUUUCCAACAGAUGACACUUUAUGUUUUAAGCGCUCAUAUUCCACUGCAAUUUCUCCAUCAAUGCUUAAUCUAAUCAAGAACUUCAAGGAGACAAUAUCCAGCUAAAAAGAUGUUCUGUAGUAUUCUAUAAAGAAACCUCAAGGGAGUACCCCUUUCAGUAUCCGAAGAAUCCAAAAAGCUGCAUUGCAGGCUGCAAAUCUGGCCAAAACGCAGUUUUUAAGGCCUUUUCCUUUAGAGUGAAACAUCCAUCAGGAUGGACGGAAACAACAGCUUGCUGCACCCGUAUUAGAGUGAAGCGUGAAUAUUGGAGGCUGAAAGGAGUGAAGACCAAUGCAUGUUGUGGAAAGUAGUCAGAGUUCUCAGGCGUUCCCAGUUUUUCAUCUUCUAAGCGUCUUCAGGUCUGCAAAAAGACUCCAUCUGGUUUUAUGUCUCUUUUGCUGAGCAUCUACAACCGUUUGCGUAGAGACUGGUGCAGGAGCGCUGCAGCAUGGGACUCAGCUGCUUCAAGUCCUGGAAACAUGACAGUACAGGGCACAAAGGUGAGGCAAACACACACACACACACACACACACACACACACACAGAAUCAGGUAUGCACAAACACACAAACCAUCACCAUAUUACCUGUUAAUCCCUCCUGUGUGGGGUGUGUAGAGUGGUCGCAUGUUGCCCUUAAGUGACAUCCGUUAAAUGCUGACUCAGGAUGCCGCUGAGGUGACAUUGUGUGCACGAGUGUGUGCACUUCUUGCAUGCAUGUUUGUGUGUUAGGAUAUGACUUUGACAUGAGAGUGAAGCACAAUGGGACCUAGAAGGGAAGAGAAGUGUGUUAACGAGUCUGCAUCAUGACAAGUCAAGGGUAGAGACAUCGAAGGAGGAGGACUAGAGUGUGGGUGUAACAGUAAUGCAGAAUGAUACAAAAGACUCCUGUACAGUUUUUCACUCGGUCUCAGUCCACCUUAAACUGGCCCAAGGAAGAUGUCAUGGUUCAGUUUUAACCUAUACUGCAGAUGAUACCGUGAUAUCCACUACAGAGUCAUGUCUGUUUCUCAGUGCUAACAAAGGGUCUGAGGAUCACAGUCAUUCAGUUUUAUUAUAAAUUCUGUCAUCUCCAAAUUCUAAAUCUGUUGAUUGGUGGCCCAUGCAGUCCUUCAAAAAGUGUGGAAUCUCCUCUCAUCUUCUUUAUGUGGAUUCAGUUAUACCCAGUUAUAUUACUAAACUGAAGCAUAUUAACCUAGUAAACUGGAAGGGGUUGAUGCAUUAGGAUUUUUCAGCACCACGAAAAUUUUUCAGUAUUUUUUUUUUUGUCCCCAUCCCAACUUUUUAAAAUCUUAUUGGUUGCAUCAAAUUCAAAACAAGUGCAAACUUUCUAAAACAAAACAAAUCUUCUGUUUCACUAUUUCCAACAAAAUCUAAGGGUUUGACGAUGAGCAGGCCACCGAAAUCUGUUUCUUUCGCCCCAACAUUUUGAAAACGCUGAAACAGUUUGAAAUGUCAAGGGUGAUAAACUUAUAUUUUCCUCUUACAUGUUGCUUUGUUGUAAAAGUUUGAAUUGCACGAGAUUUGUGUGUUUUUGUAGGAAACAGGGACGUGUUGGCCAGCCCAGGCUCGUAUUUCUUUCUGUCUAACAGCGCCGGUCAGGGUGACGAGUGGCUAAAGAGUCUAAACAAGGGAGUCUGGAUACCUUUCACUGGUAAAAAGCAACAAUCUUUAUGAAUUCAAAUCUUGGUCUGUGUGUAGUGGGUGUUGAGAUCAACAACUGUGAAAACUAGCUCUUUGAGUUGUGUCUUAGUUGUGUAUUUGCUGGUUAGACAGUCAAUGUCUCAGCAGUGAAAGCUCACCAGACUAACUGUUGUGUUUUCAGGGGUCUUUGGUCAGAGUUUAGAGGAGACGGUGCUGUAUGAGCGGCGUUAUGGGGUACGCUUGGUUCCUCUGGUAGUGGAGCAGUGUGUGACCUUCAUCAGAGAUCGUGGCCUGCAUGAAGUGGGUUUGUUUCGACAGCCGGGACAGGCCAGUCUGGUCAAAGAGCUGCAGGAGGCUUUUGAUGCAGGAGAGAGACCAUCCUUCGACAGGUACCAUACCUCUGCUUACUGCCUGAACUUCUAACUUUGCAACUAAAGUUCCAUUAAGGAAGAUUUUGUUUUACUCUGCAGUAACACAGACGUCCACACUGUGGCCUCAUUGCUGAAACUCUACCUCAGACAGCUGCCGGAGCCUUUGGUCCCUUAUAGACGGUACCAGGACUUCCUUCUCUGUGGUCAGAAACUGCUAACUGACCGAACAAAGGUAACUAUCUCAACAUAUUCAACAAUGAGAAGUUAGAGGGUAACUUCUCUUUCGUUCAAACCCUCACAAGUUGAGCUGAUGGUGUAGCAGGGAUAGUCUGGAGGUUCAGACACUCGUGUUUGUAGAAAGGUCAAUAACUCUUGUGCUUGUUUGGAUGCCAAUUUGGCUCAGUGAUUAAAGAAAUGCCCUUAUUGGACGGAGGCUACAGGGAGCUUCAUUUUUCAGGACUUGUCAUGUCAUCCGUCUUCUUGUGAAGCCUGGAGAGUAAAUUAGGAGCAUUGCUACUUACAGAUGCAGGGCGGUGCAGCAAAGCGCAAACAUGACCAAACCCAGAGAGAGGAAGUUCGACAUCCUGCCACCUCAGAGCUUGUAAUAAUAAAAAUAACAAUAAUGCAUCAGAUUUCAUAUAGCGCUUUAUCAGAGACCCUCAAAGCGCUUUACAUUGGAUACAUCAUUCAUUCGCUCACACAGUCACAAUCUUAGUGGUGGUAAACUACCUUAGUAGUCACAACUGCCCUGGGGCAGACUGACGGAAACGUGGCUGCCAUUUUGCGCCUAUGGCCUCUCCGACCACCACCACACAACACUCACAAUCACACACCAGUGGAGGACACACACUGGGAGCAAGGUGGGUUAAGUGUCUUGCCCAAGGACACAACGGACAGACUUGGGAUAGGGGGGAAUCGAACCGCCAACCUUCCAGUUAUUGGGCGACCGCUCUACCUCCUGAGCUACUGCCGCCUUGUGCACAAACAUUGAUGAUUACUUUAAGAUUAUCAUGACCGUACAUUUGUCCACAUCACCAGCACCAGACAGUGAACCUCUUGAACAUCUAGCCUUGGUAUUUUGCUAGAAAAAUAAAAAAUAAAACCUUUUUUUCUUCCUCUCUUUUCACUCACUUUUCCUUCUCGCCUGCUAAUACCCCUUUUUUCUUUUCUGCUUUGUUCUCCUUCAGGGUUUGGGAGUGUUGAGAAAUCUUCUCUAUGAGUUGCCAGUCGCAAACUUCAACUUGCUCAACUUCAUCUGCCAGUAAGAACUUUCUUCUCGUUGGCUUGUUGAAGAUUUUCGACAACAAAAUAAUGAGCGAUGAGCCGAAGUUUGAAGUGUUUUCAUCAGCAUCUUCGGUUUCUGUGUGUGGACAGGUUCCUAAAUGAUGUCCAGAGCUACUCCAGCAGUAACAAGAUGAGCUGCCAGAACCUGGCUACUGUAUUUGGGCCAAACAUCCUCCGAGCCAAAGCUGAAGACCCACAAAGCAUCAUGGGAGGUAUAAGGGAAUACUGACCCACAGUGGGAUAAAAAAUGAUGAGUUAAAUGUGAAAAUAUUGUCCUUUAAGAAUACGAUGAGUCUGAGUCUGAGUCAGGUUUCUUGGUCUUUGUCUUCCUUUGUCACAGGUGCAGCGCUGGUCCAUGUCCUGAUGUUGGAGCUGAUAAGAGAGCAGGAGUCCCUUUUUGCGAGAGCCCCCCCAUCCAUCUCUGCACGUCCACCUCUGGGGUUGCGAGCCUCGCCAGGUGCUCUGAGACAACCUCAUCUUCACCCAGUGCCCUGCCACCGCCAGCUGUCCCUGCCUCUGAUCACUGAGCGCUCCAGAGAGACGGGACAGCCGGCUGCAGAAGCCCAAGACCAGAGGUAAAACAGACCAGAAACAAGAACGAUGUUUGCUAUGCUUGAAAAACAUCUCUUUAUUCUUUCGUCUUUUAUUCAUCCCAGGCCUACCUCUCUCGUCUCUGGCUUCUCCAUUUCUGUCUGGGCUUGAACCAUGCUUCACCACACAUGCCGUACAAGAAAGCUUUUCCCGUGCUCAUCCCAUUUUUCACAUCCAUCCUGAAUCUUCAGUAUGAUCUCGCAUCAUUACUCAUUUUACAGUGUGUUUUUUUUUUUACAUGUUUAAUUCUUGACUUAUUCUGGAAGCUUAACUUUCCUUUACUUGAUUUCUGUAGCUGCACCUCCUCAACUGCAAAAGCAGAUUUGCCUUUUAGCCAGAAGAGACUUCUCGGCCAUCGCUACACCUCCUCCCAUCCAGAGAACUGUUUCUACCCCCCACCCACCUCCAGCCAGCCCCAACACAAUGUAGAUUUCCACCAACACCAUGCCGGCCAGAGAUCAACCCCUGCAAAAGCAUCUGCAGCAACCGUCGAGGUGCAAGACCCACAGCCACACAGCUCUAAGUCCAAAUCCCUGCUCAUGGACUUAGCAAACACCUGGCCAGAGACAGAUGCCGGUCUAUGGUGCACUGGUGCUGGAGAGACAGAGGUUGCAGUGCCAGGAACAGCCAGUGGUGGCAGCAGUGAUGCUCAGGAUGACAGCAUUCUUUCUGUGUAUGACAACCUGGAUGGAUCGUGUCCACGUGAGGGGUUGGCGGAAAUCGGCAGAGGACAUUUUGAAACUGACUGUCCAGAGGGAUUCAAUGAAACUUGUGGAGAGGAGGCGUGGCAUACAAGAGACUCGUUUUCUUCAUGGUCUUCCUGCGAGGUUCUCCCUCUAGACAAGAGCAGAGAUGAUGAGGACAAGUCUAGUCCUGAUGUGUCACCAAAGAGACCUAAAAAUGUCCCCUCAGGUCAGAUAUCAGAGGAUGAAAACAACGAAGAUGACGAAAAUGAAGACAUGAACAGUGAUAGUAAUGAAGACGAUGAAGAUGAGGAUGAGGAUGAUGAUGCCCAUCCUAACUCCCCAGCAUCUGGUUUGUUACUGAGCCCUUUGAGCACCGGUAGCUCAGAGGUGUUUCUCCCCUCUGGUCCUCCAGACGUCCAGGAGCACAAGUCUGAGUCAGAGUCCAGGGACGCUCACUUGCUCCUGGCUGAGCUGCAGCGGCAGAUGGCCCGGCAGAAAGCCGAGUACCAGGCCAGGAUACAGAGGUGAGACACCUACAUGGUGUAACCCAGGUCCCACAGAUUUUAUAUAAACCUACUUACUCUUUCACAGUCACACUGGGCCUAGGCACGUUAAUAAUGACAACCACACCGACUGUGUAGAAGCAAUAAUCCUCAAAGGGUAUUUAUUUAUUUUCAAGUGGGUUUUUUCUCUUUCCUUUAGCUUCAAAUUUAAAUAAUAUUGCAAAUUUUCAUUUAUGUCACAAAUUACACUUAUUGGCUUUGAAAGGGAAUAAAAGAAAAAAAAAACAGGGACAGAAAAUGUGUUUUGCUUUUUCACCUGCUAUCUAAAUACACAACCGGAUUCAAUAUUCAUACACCUAAAGCUUACAAACCCACCCACUCAUCUCACCAACCGACCGACAUACGCACACACAAAAUGGAGGAAACUCGUUGCAGGCCUGAGGUCGAAGCUUGGGUGCGCAGAGGCCUAAAAACUAAUAUGGCCGCUUCACUCCGAGUGAAGCAGAAACAAAACAAAACGCACAUGCACGCUCUGUACUCACUGAUUUUUGGGGGGUAUGGGUUAGUAGGGAAUGGUCGGGGAUGGAAACCUCAUGCGGGGAAAGGGAAAUGGUAAUGGCGAUGGCAAUGGUGAUGCAGGGAAGGUGGCGAACACACAGACGUCACACCCGAAGAAAAAGGGCAGCAGCAACGAUGUCCUCAUACGAAAAUGCAACAGCAGGAACGUCGAUUGGGUCCCGUCAUCCACCUCUCUCCUCCUCCAAUGUCUCUUAAACACAUAUUAAAUACACUUGAAUCACUGCACCACAUGCUAUUCCUGGCCGAACUAGCAUUAGCUUCGUAGGCUCAUCGCUAACUAGCAUGUCGCUAAUCAAUAUCUCGUUCAUCCAUCUCACACUACAACAUAUUAGUCACAGCACACUCAUCACAUUCACCUCUGGCCGUUCACGCUUGAAGCUUAUAUCGGAUCCACGGUUAGUCGACCUCACAAAAUAAACUCCUCCGAUCCCGACGACACGUAAAACUUUCUCCGUUCUUCAUCCUGACCUCGUCUCCGUUCUCUCUAACUGCGCUGCACGCGAACUUGCCCCGGUAAUCCCACCCCCUUUUGCGGAAAUACAUCACCAAUUGGCUAUAACAGUCAGAUGACAACCAAUAAGAACGCGAUACUGACAUGACUGACACUUCAGAACAACAGGUUAGCUUGUACAUACAAACGCUAGCAGACAACAAACGUGCAUACCUUUUUCAACUAUUUAAGAAUUUUUUUACUGUAUAGAAUAUCUUAUUAAAUGAUACAAAUUCUGCUUGUUCUUUCUUUUCUAAUUUUUCAUCCACAAAUCUAUUGUAGUUAUUUAUAGACUGGUAUAUACAUAUUUAUUUAAUUAUGUAUUUAUUUAUUAAUCUAUUUAUUUACUUAUUUAUUAAUCUAUUCAUCUAUUUAUUUAUUAGAUGAAUUUGGAAGCACUGAAAUUGAGUGAUUUUAAUCAGGGCUACAAUGGGUUUUCAUAACGUUUGAUUCCUUCAACCUCAAAAAACUGUUUUCUAAGUGACACCUUUAUGCAGAUGAUACGGGGAGUUAUACCUCUAUGCAGAUGAUACACAUCUUUGAUGUUAGCCAACCUGCAGCCUCUCAGUUUCUAAUUUUUUUUUCCAUUGGGCUGCUAUGCUUUCAUAAAAAAAGUCUUAAGUGGCUGCAUGAAUGUUGACAAGGUGCAGAUGUCUGCAGAGGUGAAAAAGACCAAAGCAGUCAUGGCAAGUUCACGAGAGCAACCCCCACUGGUACACCACGCAUUGGUCCAGUAUUUUCUGUCUGUCACAGUGGUAAAAUUUCAGAUUUAGUUAACUCAGUUGAAGUAUUUUCUUUGUUGUGAAAGCCUGUGCUUGAACUACAGUCUGUGGUGUUUGUGAUCUGCAGGUUGGAGCGCUGCAAUGAUAUCCUGGAGCGGCAGGUGGCAGUUCUGCGGGUCAGUCUGGAGCAGCAGAAGCGCAGCCAGAGCGUAGCCGAGAUCAAGAUUCGCAACAUGGAGCGAGCCAAAGCCGACGCCGACCUUCGAAACACAACUCUGCAGAGAGAGAUGGACAUGUUCUUCCAGAUGUACGGGGAGUACAGAAGAGGAGAUGAAGGCAGAGGAGGAGGGAGUCUCUGAGGAUACAAAGAAAUAAAGGAUGGAGUUGUUUUUUGAAGAAAUCAGUGGACAACCAGAGGAGAAGGAGGAUUUUUACAGAUUCAGUCUGAAAGGGAUUGGAUGGAGAAGGUAAAGGUAGAUAAUCUUCACUAGGAAGGUGUCCAACCCCAAAGAAAACCAAUCAGGGCUUCACUCAGUGGAUGAAUUAAAGGGGUGAGACAGUUUCUGUCUUAUCAGGUUGGGUAACGUCAUGGUUUCUAGAAGAAUGCCAGGAAGUUCAAAUCACCUCGAGCAGUUUCAGCUGUUCGGAAACUUUUCCCUCUGAAUAAUGAAUGUCUGAACUUCCUCAAUCAGGGGGAAAUUUAACCUCUGAACAAGAUCAAGCCAUGAACUUUACGCCUGUUAAAAAAACAGCUACCAAACUGUGUCUUUGAGUAAGAUUGAGGCGAGGUACUCAGGUCUCUUUUAAGGAACCAAUCCCUGUCCUGAACUGUUCUUACACAACUCAGACUUGUUUUUUUUAAGCAUAACCUACUCUGCUUUUGCCUAAAUGAUAAGUUACAUAGCUAACCAAAUGUCAUUAUCAUCACAUUUAAAAGACUCAGGCUGUUUGUGUGUAUUCAAGGGAUUGUUAGAGCUGAUACCACCUACCCUACUUCCUGGCCCCUGAUGACCCCCAGACCUCGACAGAGGCAGUUAGGAGAUGACACACAAACAAGGUUAUCAAGUGGGCCCCUCCUCUCCUUGUUAUUAUUUUCGGCACACAACAUUUUGAUAGAGUCUGACUUUGGCAUGAGAUUAGCCUCCAAAAAAAGGAGGUGGAUGUUUCUGUUUUCCAUUUUUGAAGCAUCAGAAAGUAUCAACGCCCACUACAUGCAAAAAAAAACAACAAUAAUCCUGUUCACUGUGCAUGAAGACACUGUCAAAGUGAGACAACUCUACACCUUAAUCAUGCAAUAAAUUUUAACCUCUCAUUUAGGAUUGUAUCAUUUCUGUGUAUUUUUUUAGCUUUAAAAUGCACGUGCUCAAUCAACCAGUCAAAGCUGGUCUCAACCAGACUCUAGACUGAGCCCCAUCUAAGACCAGACCCUCUCCUGUCCCAUCUUCAACCAUCUGAGUGUAGACCUCUGCAGCAUUUAUCAAAUUACAGAGGAGAGGAAGAACUUCCUUUCACAGGCAGAAACCUCGAACAGAACCAGACUCAUGUUAGACAGUCAUCUGCUGCAUUAGAUUGCAUAAAGCAGGCAGGUCCAAAACAUCUGCAGCAGGGACCCAGAGGAAUCUACGGCAUGGUGGAGCUCAGGGACUCCAAGUAAAGACUGCGUAUUAGUGACUCUGAUGUGACAUGAUCAAAAAGUGCUCAGUGUGCCGGUCUUAAUCUAUAGCAGCGUAACGAAGAGCCGAACCAGUAUGAGCUGUAUCUAAAAAGGAACAUUUUGACCUUCAUGUCAGUCGCAGCUAGAGUGUAAUUGCAGAAGUCCUUUAAAUAUGAUCAUCCAGAAUCUGAAGGACUGAUUUUGUCUGUUAUCAUAAACACGUCUGAACCGAUAUGAAAGCAGGACUGUUACACUGCAUGGUGAGCUGAUGCCACCUAGAGGUAGCAAUACAGUGCUGCAGAUGACCUGGCAUUUGACUGUUGAAAUCUCUGCUGAUGAAUUAGACACUUUUCUUACAGAGUAAAAUAAAGCAGCGAGUCUUGUUACUGUGACGAGAAUGUAACAUUUAUUCUCAAUCUACCUGGUAAAGAAAAAACUGUACAAACAAAAACAAAACAUUUACAUGAUAAAACAUGAGUAUAAUUCAGUCAUUCAGUCCUACAGAUUCACACGACUAUACAGAGGAGGUUCAGGUGUGAUACUGACAUGAGGGAGAUUUAAAGGGACAGUGUCACACUUUAAACACAGAGCACUUGUGAGCGAACGGUGGAACGGAACAGCAAAAACAGUCAUAUUCAUGUUCUAUUUCAGACUAACAGCAGAGUGUGUUUUCUCCUGUGUCCGCACAAGUUGUACAGAGAACUGACAACACCUAAUGUACACCACGGCUGAGAUACGGAUGAUUACGAUCGGGAAUGUUGUUACUGCAUUAAACAUAAAUGCCUCCAUUUGUUGUGUCAUGUUAGGCAUGGAAUCAAUGCUGCAAACAUGGCGCUACUUCAUAACAUAAAAGUGCAAUAAAAGUAAUAUCAAUAACAGAAAGCACGGCACUACAGUUCAUUCAUCAGCUCUCUGAUGUUUCACACUUUAUCAUGCAGAAACCCUGUAACAAAAAAGAGCCAUUCAAAGGCAGGAUGCAGGCACUUCAGGGGCGUUUUUUCCAGCAAAUUCUGGGGCUAGUUUUUAAAUUUGUGUCCAAUAUUUCAGUCAUAAUCAAAAAGAGUUAAAAUCCUUCACUUUGCUUUUUUGCAAAAACAAAUACAUGCAAACUGCCUCUAAGUGGUCAAAGGUUUCUGCAGGAUGCAUCAAGCGUGCGCACCAGCAGCUUCUGAGCACCAAAACAGAAACAGAAACUGGAAUUUAGAUGCAAACAUGUAAACUAGGAAAAACUCUGGGCAUGAAAACAUAAAAAAAACAAAUAAGUGGAACAUUUCAGAGAGCAGGAGCUAAAUUUAAACAACUUCCUGAGACAUAAUUCAGUUUCUUUUUGUUCUUUUAGCUUCAUUGGUUAUAAACGACAUUGCAUAACUGGAUUGACUGACUGUUCUCCUCCUGCUUAGUGAAAUUUCCAUCAGAGGACAAAAAAAAACUCUAUGGUGAGAUGGUGAGGAAGAGGAUGUUUUUUCAGACUCCAGAUUAGAAGAUAGAGCUACUCUCUAAAGGGAAUAAAGUGCAAUAACAGUGGAUCCUUUUAAACACACGUCAUAAUAUACUCUUCCUUCAGUCAGUGGCACUCGUGCUCAGAUUAUCUGAGCUCAGGGGGGUUGACUCGUGCUGAAUUUGAUAACCUGACCGUGUCUUUAUGCUGCCAGAUGAAACACUUAAAACGGUGAAAGCUUGCAGAGGAAUAUUUGACGGCGACGCAACGCUGUGCAUGCUCUAAAACAGCGAAAGCAGAUGCUGAAAUGCUUCAUUUAUUUUAGUCCUGGAAUGUUUAGGUGGAAAAGACGGUUGGCUGAGUGUUGGGUUGUUAUCUGGAUGUUUUAGCUGCUUUCAAAGGUCCCAUUAGAUGAUUGGAAAGAAUGUAAACGGGCUGAGAGUUUUGAGGAUUUUCAGACAGUUUGGCAGGUUUACCAUUUGACUGUUUGCCAAAUCGGAGUUUGUUUAUGACCUGCUGCUUUUCUGACAUCUUGUUGCUGUUCCAGAUAUUGUAAUAAAUUUGAAAAAUACAGAGUUAUUAUGAGGAAUAAUAAAACGAUCAAAUCUGGACAGCUUGUGGAGCAGCUUGUGAGAGUAAGUUUUCAUCUCAUGGGACCUUUGGAGUCUGGGUUGCGGAUGUAAUGUGUCCUCCUAGAAGCCAGAGGGCGUCAGGAUGUUCAUAUCUCUGGGUUUGAGCUUGUGCGGUCUCGAUCCCUGCCGCCUGCUCUCCACUGUGGGGAUCUCCAUUUUCGGGGGGGCCACCGCUUGGGCUGGAGUGUUGACCAGUUGAGUGGUCUGCGCCUUCAUUACUUCCAUAGGGGUCGGUUUCUGGCUUCCACGGUAGGCCUGGAGCGCAAAGCCUGCUGGGUAAAGACAGAAUGAAACAGCGUGAGAUUAAAAGGGUUAAAAAAAACACGAUCAGCUUGUGAGUUGAAGUGGUUAUUUUUGUACCUCCAGUCUGAAUUAUUCAAAAUGAGAUUUACAAAACCUAUCAGAGCCUCUUAGUGUGAAGAACAACCUGGUUUGAGGAUUUAAACAGAUCAACGUCAGAAAGGACGAGCGAUUGAUCUGGUCUGUCUUUUCUACGCUUCAAUCUGAGCUGUGGACUGGAUGUUGUAUGAGCACAAAGACACUGACUCAGAGGUUUAAUGUUUGACUGUAGAAGAGAACAGAUUAUUCAGUCUACAUGUUAUGGUUAGGGAGAAAGAACAGGCUGUGGCUGCGGUGUUUGUCUUUCCUGUGGGUUUUGAACGUUUUGCUCCAAAAGAAAGUCGACUAUGUCUUACAGGAAAGCUUUUUUUAGGUACAUUCAAAGAUUCUGUCAAAGUACAUCUUGUCCUUUAACUAUUAUUAUCUCACCAUGACAGUAACUGCCUUUGACUUCUCGCACCACCUCUUCUACCACACACACACGUGCCAUCUACUUUAGCUGUCAUCACAUCUCAAAGACAGUUUUAGUCUUAAAGCAUCAGUCUUCUUGAACAUUAACCAAAUACUCAGUCAUCUUUUAACUACAUUUUCUAUCAUUAACUUCAUUCUGUUUGAGUGUUUUAGCAUUUAUCUGUUUCUACUUUUAAAGUCAGGAUCGUCUUUGAUUGAGCUACUUUGGUGCUCUUAUUUCAGUAUCUUUUUGGUUUGUGUUUAUUUCAUCUUUAUUCAUUAUUUCUUACACUUCAUUUUAUGUUACUUUGUCUCAAGAUUUUGACCAAGCCUUUUCUUUUUCUGUGUAAAGCUGCCGUGUAUGAAAAGUGCUGUAGAAUUAAAGAUUGAUUGAGUUUAAAUAGGCACAUAAAAAAAACACGGGAUAUGUGUAACCAAAGAAAAGGAGAGAAAGGCUGCAAAAGUUUAUGCUCAAAUAUUUCAAUCAAGACCACUUCGGCCAAAAAUCAGAUUUAUUUGCAGGCAAUAUUUGGCUACUUGGAUCUCAGAGCCCCAAAGCCUAUGGUGGGGAGAGCAGCAGCAAAGACUCAUGGGUACAGAACAAGCAGGUUGGACGGCAGUUUUUAGGGAGGGCGGGAAGUGUAAAGGUAAUCCACUGAGGUCUUUGAAUCAGCUGACGCCUGACUUUGUGGUCUGCAUCUAUUUGCUUUUGUGUAUUGUGUUCAAAUGCAUGUUUAUCUUGUUGUAAUGCCUCUGUUGGCCCAGCAGGUGGCUUGGGUACUAUGGUGUGGUAAGGUGAAUACUUGCAGGUGAGCGGCCUGCUAGGUGAAAGCUCACAGUUUUCAGCCGGCUAUGAGAAUGAACAUGAAAUCAGUUAUUUUUAAUGCAUGUGAUCGUCAUUAGAUCUGUAAUCCAGUAAGUGGCAUAUUUGCACAUUUUUUCUUUUAAACAUUUCAGAAAAAGUUUCAAGACAUUAGUCAGACAGUGGUUAGAGAGAGCAAGCUUGAAGAAGCAGGAUUUAAAAGAUCUAAAUACGAUCCUUUUUGUCGUUCUUCUCCCAAAUUAAAUUGUCAGUUUCAAAAAUUAAAACUCUGAGAUUGGCUGUUAAUGCCACGUUGAGAGCAAUAUAAAGUGCAUUGGUCACAACAGCAGAAAAAAACCCCACUGAGCUUAUGCAAUUAUGCAAAAAGCCAACAGAAGCAAAUGCUGACCAGAUUUAAAUCUCCACGAUACACGACACAGAAGUCUCCCAUGAAAGAGCAGGACCCUCACAGAAAUUAUUCAAACAUUCUGAAUGAACUUUAAUAUCUAAUUAAAAUGAGUCUUCACAGUUUUGGUGAAAUUUAUGAUGAUGAAAAAUGACUUCAACUUCAAAUAACACUUCCUGCUCUGUGGUUUCCCAGUGUUUUGCACAUUAUUCAAAUUCUCGGUUUGCCAAUUUCUAAAUAAAAUAAACUUAUUUUGAGAGCUCAGAAUUCAUUCAGAUCUUAAAUUAUACAAGAAACAAGCUUUGAUAUUUCUCGACCUACCCAAAGUCAUCCUGCUCAAAAGGUUUCGCUCGUUCUCAAAACAAACUGAAGCGCUCCACAUGUCGAAACCUGAGUGUUGUUUUCCUGCAUCAGUCAGAUUGGAC